AUGGAUGAGCUCUUCGAUGUUUUUGAGGAUCAGCCUCAGGCGCCUAAACCCGCCGGGGGUGCGCCUAAACGGUCGAAGAAAGAUAAAGGCAAGAAGCGUCAGGUCAAUGGCGAUGUGAAGGGGAAUAGUGAUGUCGCGGAGGUUAAGGAGGAGACACCUGCCGCUGAUGCGUCCGCCGGGGAGGUGGUGGAAAUGGAGGACGUACAGGCCCUUGCUACGAGCGACAAUAACGACCAACCGGAAACCAAGCGGCCGCGACUGGACAAGGAACCAGAGCCUGUGGUGGCGGAUUUGUUUGAGACUGCACAAGAGCGUGAGGUUGCGGGAUCAGCAGGUCUUCAAGCAGCGAAAGACUCUGCAUCGGUUGUGCUAUCCCAUCAGGUUCGACAUCAGGUUGCGAUUCCACCGAAUUAUCCAUACGUACCCAUCUCCGAACAUAAACCGCCAGAGAACCCCGCCAGAGUGUGGCCAUUUACCCUCGAUCCAUUCCAGCAGGUUUCGGUGGCAUCAAUCCAGAGAGAAGAAAGUGUGCUUGUUUCCGCCCACACGAGUGCCGGAAAGACCGUGGUUGCCGAAUAUGCUAUUGCGCAAAGCUUGAAAAACAACCAGAGAGUCAUCUACACCAGUCCUAUCAAGGCUCUUAGCAAUCAGAAGUAUCGAGAAUUUGCGGCGGAGUUUGGGGAUGUUGGUUUGAUGACCGGCGAUGUUACCAUCAACCCGACUGCUACUUGCCUGGUCAUGACAACGGAGAUUCUCCGCUCCAUGUUGUACCGUGGCUCCGAGAUUAUGCGUGAAGUUGCAUGGGUGGUGUUUGACGAGAUUCACUACAUGCGCGAUGCUACUCGAGGAGUAGUAUGGGAAGAAACUAUCAUUCUAUUGCCAGAUAAAGUUCGAUAUGUGUUCUUGUCUGCGACCAUUCCCAACGCCAUGCAAUUCGCCGAAUGGAUCACGAAGAUGCACAACCAACCUUGUCAUGUUGUAUAUACCGACUUUAGACCGACACCACUGCAGCAUUAUUUCUUCCCGGCGGGUGCGGAAGGUAUCCACCUUGUUGUGGACGAGAAGGGCGUGUUUCGUGAGGAGAACUUCCAAAAAGCAAUGAGCAGCAUCGCCGACAAGAAAGGUGACGAUCCGGCGGAUGCGAUGGCGAAAAGGAAAGGCAAAGGGAAAGAUAAAAAGCUUAAUAAGGGCGGCAACAACGACAGCAACAACGACAUCUACAAGAUUGUGAAGAUGAUCAUGCUGAAGAAUUAUAACCCGGUCAUCGUCUUCAGUUUCAGUAAGCGCGAAUGCGAGUCAAAUGCACUGAAGAUGAGCUCGCUGGCGUUUAACGACGAUUCCGAGAAGGAAAUGGUUACCAAGGUCUUCAACAGUGCGAUUGAGAUGCUGUCUGAAGAAGAUCGCAACCUGGGCCAGAUCCAGAAUAUCCUACCCCUACUUCGGAGAGGUAUUGGCGUCCACCAUUCCGGUCUUCUUCCCAUCUUGAAAGAAACCAUUGAGAUUCUGUUCCAGGAGGGUCUCAUCAAAGUUCUCUUCGCUACUGAGACAUUUUCUAUCGGCCUUAACAUGCCGGCGAAAACCGUCGUCUUUACAAGCGUACGCAAAUUUGAUGGCUUCAGCCAGCGCUGGGUGACGCCAUCCGAGUUCGUCCAAAUGUCUGGUCGCGCCGGUCGGAGAGGUCUUGAUGACCGUGGUAUUGUUAUAAUGAUGGUUGGCGAAGAAAUGGACCCUGCCGUGGCCAAGGAGAUUGUCCGCGGUGAACAGGACCGAUUAAAUUCAGCUUUCCAUUUGGGUUACAACAUGAUCCUGAACCUCAUGCGUGUGGAAGGCAUUUCCCCUGAGUUCAUGCUUGAGAGAUGCUUCCACCAGUUUCAGAACACGGCCGGCGUCUCUGAGCUCGAGAAAGAGCUUCACGAGCUGGAGGAUAAGAGGGCCAACAUGGACAUUUCAGACGAAGGCACCAUCCGCGAAUACUACGAUCUGAGAAAGCAGCUGCGCCAAUUCACGGACGAGAUACGGGUGGUCACCAGUCACCCUAAUCAUUGCCUAGCCUUCAUGCAACCUGGACGCUUGCUCCACAUCCAGUACAAGGACGAAGACUUCGGCUGGGGGGUGCUCGUUAAUUACAAGCAACGUAGACCCCCGAGGAACGCGACUGAGGAACUCAACGACCAUCAGAAAUACGUUGUCGACGUUCUAUUGAACAUUGCUGAUGGACCAGCUGUAGGCACCAAGACCUUUGAUGACUUGCCUGCUGGGGUCAGGCCACCAAAGGAAGGAGAGACGUCUCGUAUGGAAGUUGUCCCAGUUGUUCUCAGCUGUAUCCAUUCCAUUUCACACGUACGGAUUUUCUUGCCGAAGGAUCUAAAUUCCAAGGAUUCGAGGAACGGGGUGAAAAAGGCCUUGGGCGAAAUACAGAAACGUUUCCCAGAUGGCAUUGCUCUGCUAGACCCGAUAGAGAACAUGGGGAUCAAGGAUGACAGCUUCAAGAGACUGCUCCGGAAAAUCGAGGUCCUCGAAUCUCGCCUUCUCUCGAAUCCAUUACAUAACUCGCCACGGCUGCCAGAGCUCUACGAACAAUAUUCCGAGAAGGUAGAUCUAGGGUCUCAGAUCAAGGCCACCAAGAAGAAGAUUGCGGAAGCGAUGUCAAUCAUGCAGCUUGACGAACUCAAAUGCCGGAAACGAGUACUGCGGCGCUUUGGGUUCAUUAACGAGGCGGAAGUGGUCCAGCUAAAGGCACGGGUCGCCUGUGAAAUUAGCACUGGAGACGAGCUGAUGCUCAGCGAGCUGCUUUUCAACGGAUUUUUCAAUAAUCUCACCCCUGAACAGACUGCUGCCGUUUUGAGUGUCUUUGUGUUUGAGGAGAAGACAAAGGAGACCCCUGCUCUGACCCGCGAUGAGCUUGCAAAACCCCUCAAGGAGAUCCAAGCGCAGGCCCGGAUCAUCGCCAAGGUAUCGCAGGAAUCGAAGCUGGCGGUCAACGAGGAAGAAUACGUUCAAAGCUUCCACUGGGAGUUAAUGGAGGUGAUUUAUGAAUGGGCCAAUGGCAAGUCAUUUGCCGACAUCUGCCGGAUGACGGACGUUUACGAAGGUAGUUUGAUUCGAGUCUUCCGACGAUUGGAGGAGUGUCUGCGACAGAUGGCACAGGCCUCCAAGGUGAUGGGAAGCGAGGAAUUGGAGAGUAACUUUGAGACGGCGUUGACCAAGGUCCGCAGGGACAUUGUUGCUGCCCAGUCGUUGUAUCUGUAG